AGAAUUUGCAGAGAAGGACAAAAACUCGACACGGAGUCUUCGGGACGAAUGCAGGAAAAGUGUCGGCACCUGGUUGAGGGUGUUGACACCUUUCAGCUCAUGUUGCAUAUCUUUCCGCUCAUGCUCGACCUCUGCACCUCGUGUUCAAGUUUUGCACUUCAUGCUCGGCCUCUGCAACUCGUGGCUGACCUCGGUAGUGAGUGUUCGACCUCUACAGCUUGUGCUCAAGUUCUACACUUCAUGCUCGACCUCGGCAGCAACUUCAUGCUUGACCUCUGCAGCUCGUGGUUGAGCUCGGUAGCUCGUGUUGGAGCUCUGCACUUCAUGCUUGGCCUCUGCAACUCGUGGUUGAGCUCGGAAGCUCGUGUUGGAGCUCUGCACUUCAUGCUUGGCCUCUGCAGCUUGUGUUUAAGCUCGGUAGCUCGUGUUGGAGCUCUGCACUUCAUGCUUGACCUCUGCAGCUCGUGGUUGAGCUCGAAAGCUCGUGUUUGUGCUCUGCAGCUUCAUGCUUGACCUCUGCAGCUCGUGGUUGAGCUCAGAAGCUCGUGUUGGAGCUCUGCACUUCUUGCUUGACCUCUGCAGCUCGUGGUUGAGCUCGGAAGCUCGUGUUUGUGCUUUGCAGCUUCAUGCUUGACCUCUGCAACUCGUGGUUGAGCUCGGAAGCUCGUGUUGGAGCUCUGCACUUCAUGCUUGGCCUCUGCAGCUUGUGUUUGAGCUCGGUAGCUCGUGUUGGAGUUCUGCACUUCAUGCUUGGCCUCUGCAGCUUGUGUUUGAGCUCGGCAAUUCGUGGUUGACUUCAGCAAACUCUUUUUUGUCUUGCACGUAUCUCAAUCUUCCUAGUCAAAUUUCUUUCACGUCUCAACUUCCUCCAAAUAUUGGGAAUUGGGUGUUUGAUUUGAUCAAGGAAAUGUGAAAUGUGUAUAGAGGUGAGGGGAGACAAAACAGAAGAUGGAUUUGCAGAAAUCUAUUUUUGGCAGGAAAUGGCAAUGUUGUGAACAAGAGCUCCAGCACUACGGCACUGUCGUAACCAGUGGCUCUGGUGAUUUGAACAAACAGAAAACACCAACACUGGAAACAGCCAGACAUUUAUCAGUUAUCAGCCAAACUUUGUUGAAUGCCAUCUCCCCCAACUCCAUGCCUUUAUCCACUACACCCUCCAACCCCAUUUCUAUUUCCUUCGUUUUGUAUUACCAACUGAAUAGAUGAGAAGUACAUUUAUGGUUGAAGAACAGAGAGGCACAUGACCACCAUAGCUGAAACCGGAGGGGUUUAGAAGGAAAGGGAUAAGUUUUUUUCUUUUUCUUUUUUGGUGGACCCCUCUGAGUUACCUUAAGCUGGUGUUUUGCUGACACUUUUUUGCUUCUUGAAUACUCAUGGCUGACAUUGUAACCUGCCUCGAUAAUUGUGCAGAGCUACUCCCUUGUUUGUCUUUUUGUGAAAGCUUCUCUUCUUCAUGGGCGAAUAGACCCUUUUCAUCACA